AUGAUGAAGGUUUCUGCUGUCUUUUUCUCCCUGGCCCUCGCCGCCACAGAAGGUGCAUCGGUGCCCACAGCAUCUGAUACACGGCCAACAUUUUUUAAUGGCUCUUGUAAUGCUGAUACGCUGACCAUUCGUAAGGAGUGGCGAAAUCUGAGCGACGACGAGAAGAAGGCCUUCUUGGAUGCUGAGAACUACCUUAUCAACACGGCUCCCGCCCAGACAGCAUUGGAUGGUGUUAUUAGCCGCUUCAGCGACUUGCAAGGCCUACACCGCUUCAAGACUAACACGACUAUCGAUGGUGUAUAUGUUCAGGAUAUCAUCCACAACGUGGGCCAAUUCCUGCCCUGGCACCGCUAUUUUCUGCACACCCACGAGGUUAUGCUUCGAACUCAGGCCAAUUACACUGGUCCCAUCCCUUGGUGGGAUGAGGAGCUCGAUGCCAAUGCUGGUGACCUGUUUCGAUCCAACAUGUGGAGCGCGGAUGCUUUCGGCACCAACGGCGUUGUCGAUCUAGAUGACUGCGUGAUCGACGGCGCGUUUGCCAACAUGACUGAGCACAUCGGUCCUGGGCUGGAUGAUACUGAGUACUGUUUUACUCGAAGCUGGACGUCCGAUUAUAUCCAAUGGAUGACGACGGCCAAUAUCGAGACGUGCACCCAGCACAACGACUACUAUACCUUCAUGAACUGCAUGGUCGAGUUUACCACAAGUCCACAUGUUGCUGGACAUAACUCGAGUGGUGGGAUUGUAAGUACUUGGUCAUAUCCGACUGUAUACUCUCCUUCACCCGACCAGUCACACUUCUACUGGGCGUUAGCUUUUAUGGCGGAUAUCAUGGCAUCUCCUGGUGACCCAGUCUUCUUUCUGCACCACGGUCACAUCGACCGUAUGUGGUGGAAUUGGCAGACAGCCAAUGCUUCGUCUCGGCUGUUUGAUAUGUCUGGAAACGCUUUCAAUUACACUUAUCUUGAGGAGCAUGGCACCACUCUGCCCAGUGGCAUAAACCCCAACACGACCCUCAACUAUACUCUGAACGUCGCGAACAUUCUACCGGACAUUCCUAUUGAGCAAGUUAUGAACGCUCAGGGUGGUCUUCUUUGCUACGAGUAUGACUAUUAG